AAAACUCAUAUGUUGACACAUACCGGUGAGAAGCCGUACAGUUGUUCGGUAUGUAAAAAAAAUUUCACUCAGUUCGGGAAUAUGAAAAGACAUAUAAUGACUCAUACUGGUGAAAAGCCGUAUAGUUGUUCAAUAUGCAAAAAGAAUUUUAGUCGCUCUGUGUAUGUGAAAGAACAUAUGAUGAUCCAUACCGGUGAAAAGCCGUGCAGUUGUCCGAUAUGCGGGAAAAGCGAUGAGACAUUUCAAAAAAGAUCCUUCAUUUCCAAGAAAUUAUCGCAUGAAACCGGAUCAGAAAUACGAACUAUGAAGAAAAUUCCAUCCGGUAUGAAGAAACCAGGAUUGUAUCCUGCUACUCGUACACAACUACGAAAUCAUAUCAUUGUGCGCCAAUACGUAUUACCAAAACAGUUAUCGAGUAUAAUUAAAGUACAUCCAAAGGAUAAGGUA